AUGAAUAUUCUCCCAAAAAAAAGGUGGCAUGUACGGACGAAAGAAAAUAUUGCACGAGUAAGAAAAGAUGAAGCAGAAGCAGCCGAAAAAGAAAGACAAGAGAAAACAAGGAUAGAACAGGCAGAUAAAGAACUACGAUUAAGUAUUCUUAAGCAAAAAAGUAAAAAAAAACUAGAAUCAUUGAAUAUACAAACAAGCUAUAAUAACUUUAAAGAUGUUAAAGAAGAUCUAGAGCACAUAAAUUUAUUUGACCAUAUUGAACAUUCCAAUAAUAAAACAAAUAAAGAUCAUGAUAGAGAAGUAAAAGAGAAAAAAGAAGAAUAUGAAAAACAAAUUGGCUACUUGACCUAUCUCGGACAAGACACAAAUGAAGCUUUAGGCAAAAAAAAUUGGUAUGACAUAGCACCAGGAUCAUCUCGAUUCUCUAGACCAGAAUAUGUUAAAGACACAUAUGAUAAACUCGUUCUUAAAGAUGAAGAUGGUAAUCGAAAGAAAAUAGAUGUUGAUAUGAAAAAUGGUGAAAUAGGAUGGAAAUCCAAACAGAAACAUGAUCCUUUCAACUCAUUUAAACAUCUAAGAUCGCAAACAGACAAAGAACCAAAAGAUAUAUCUACAAAAAAUUUGGACAACACCACAAAAAACAAAACUAAACAUAAGCUUAAACCUGAAAAAGAAUCAAAUCUUCAAAGGCUUAGAGAAGCAAGACUCAAACGUGAACAACAAGAGAAAUAUAAAGCUGAAUUAUUUUUAUCAAAAUUAUCUGGUGUACACAGCAAUGAGAAGAAAGAUAAAAUUCCUAAAGUAAUACCUAAGUAUAAUUCACAAUUUAACCCAGAGAUAGCUAGACAAAAUUAUAAAUAG